AUGACUUAUACCGCCGAAGAAUUGGAAAGACAAUUUCAGCAAGUUGCUGGCAUUCGCAAAGGAAAAAAAGAAUUUGAAAGAGAUGGCGCUAGCCACAAUCUAAAAGAAGAUUGUAAAAGAUUAUCCGAUGCUUUCAAUAAGUUAGAAAGUUUUGGCAGAAUUAGAGAAGAAUUACAAGCCUGUACUAGUAAAAGUGAAUAUGAUGCCAAAAAGACUAAUUAUAUUAGAAAUGGAAAAGGAAAUAAAGAAAAUGUUGAAUCAAAAGCAAAAACCACUCAAAAAAAUUUGCAACAAUUAAAAAAAUCUCUAGAAAAAGAAGAUUAUAAAUGA